UUUACAAGGUGAUGCAUCAGAAGCCGUUUGAUUUUGGGAGGAUGGUCUUUAAGCUGAUCAUCAACAUGGGUCUGACCCCUGUCUCAAAGUUGUGCCUGCCGUUUCCCAGUUUGAUCUAUCAGCUGAUCCAGUCACAGCACCCUGUGCAUCCUGAUGUAUCUCAGCCAGUGCCAAAGUCUACCAAGAAGGGCAAAGCGAAGAAAGGACAGACUGCUGAGGUUCCAGUGUGCUCUUCAGAUGAUCGCAAGGCCUUGCGUCGUGCAAUUCAGAUCAUGCAGCGUAUCAUCGAUGCAGGGGGAGAUGAUUCUGAUUCUGAUGAUCAUAGGACUGGUUGAUUUGUGGGGGAGCAUUUGUCCUGGGGGAGCAGUUGAUGUUGUUGUUGCUGUUUGUUUUUUGGUUGUUAGCAACAAUGUAUUUUGAUUACAGAACCUUGUUUCAUUAGCUCUUAGCUUUUGGGUCUGUAAUAUGUUUGAACAUGGCAUUUUAGGAUUUCUUAUUUUGGGAUUUAUGCUAGUUAUAUUGCUAGAUGUUUUCCUUGUUGCUGUGUUUUGGUUUU